AGAGGAGGCCGGCUGGAAUUUGGAGCUAUGAUUCCAGGACAACUGUAAGACCAGCUUUGAGUUUUCACCUGAGUUCUUUGCUGCUGCCAGGAUGAGCUGUGGCUCGAAGCAGCCCCUGAAGAGCUGCCUGCGAGGGAGCAGCGGUGGCGGUGCCAGCAGUGGGGGAGGAGGAGGGGGCAGCUCGCAUUCCUCGGCCUCCUCAAGGAGGAUCUCCUCCAGGAGCAGCGGCGGUGGCAGGUUUUCUGGCAGCAGUUGUGGUGGAGGAAGCUCCCGGAGCAGCUGUGGUGGGGCAGCUGGUGGGUAUGGGAGUAUCAGGCGCAGCAGCUACGGAGGAGGGAUGAGCAGCCACAGCUGCGGAGGAGGGAUGGCUGCCGGAUACUGUGGAGGGGGAAUGGGAACGGGCUUCAGGUCAGGGGGGAGCGGGUUUGGUGCUGCUUGUGGAGGAGGCUUUGGUGGAGGUGGUGCUGGUUUCAGCGGUGGCAGCUUUGGCUUUCCUGGAGGGAACGUGGGAAUUCUCUCCUACGACGAGAAGCUGACCAUGCAGAGCCUCAACGAGCGCCUGGCUUCCUACCUGGAGACGGUCAGGAAUCUGGAAACGGAAAACGCUCAGCUGGAACAAUUAAUCAGGGAGUGGUACCAGAAGCAAGGUCCUUCUGGCCCAAAGGACUACAGCCACUAUUAUGGACAAAUUGAAGAACUUCAAAGCCAGAUCGUGACUGCGGCUGUGGACACCCACAAGGUACUUUUGGACCUGGAUAACACGAGGAUGACUGCAGAAGACUUUAGAGUAAAGUACGAGACCGAGUGUGGGCUCCGGCAGAACGUGGAGGCCGAUCUCAACAGCCUGAGGCCCCUCCUGGACAGCCUGACCCUGUGCAGGUCUGACCUGGAAAUGCAGUUCGAGUCUCUGAAGGAGGAGAUGAUCGACGUCAAGAAGAACCACGAGGAGGAAAUAAAACAGCUGGAAUCCCAGUCCAGCGGGGAUGUGAGCGUGAAGGUCAACGCUGCUCCAGGAGAGGAUCUGCUGAAAAAGCUCAAUGAGAUGAGACAAGAAUAUGAAGCCAUUAUUCAGAAGAACCAUGCAGAGGUUGAAAAGUGGUAUGAAAGCAAGAUGGAGGAAGUGAGCCAGCAAGUCCACUCAAGUGGCCAGGAGGUGGAAUCAAGCAACCGGCAGAUCUCUGAGCUGAGACGUGAAUAUCAGAGCCUGGAGAUUGAGCUGCAGUCGCAGCUCAGCAUGGUCGACUCUUUGCAGUCCAACCUGGAGGACACGGAACGUCGCUAUAACAUGCAGCUGCAGCAGAUCCAGUGCAUGAUCAGCCCCUUGGAGGAGGAGCUGGCCAGCAUCCGCUGCGAGAUGGAGAGCCAGAACGAGGAGUACAAGAUGCUGCUGGGCAUCAAGACCCGCCUGGAGCAGGAGAUCCAGCAGUACCGGGCGCUGCUGGAGAAGGGGCAGCACGGCCUGAGAUACAGAAUUAAACCUGCACAGGGAGGAGCCGAUGGUGGAUCUUCAGGAGAAGGAGGAGGUCAUGGAGGAGGAAGCAGUGGAGGAGGAACUGGAGGAUCCUGUGGAAGAUCUUCCUCUUCUGAAGGCGGAGGAGGAGGGAGUGGAGGAAGAACAGGAGGUGGAACCUGUGGUAAAACCUCAGGUGGAGGAGGUGGCAGUGGAGGAGGAGGAGGAGGAGGAGGAGGGGGCAAAUCCUGCCUCUUCCGCUCUUCAUCGUCCCAGUCCCAGCCUGGUGACUCUUGUGAAAGCCCAGGAAGUGCUGAAAACAUGAAGCUGUGCCUGGAAGGGAACAAAACACUGGGGAGAGGAGCAACCAUGGAGGAAGUGUCCGAAGCCAUAAAACACAUGAGACUGGGGAGUUUUAGAAGGUCUGAGGAGUGAUUGGCAGGAGCAGCAUCUUCCACUGCAGGACUUCCCCAGUGAGGCCUCUGGACCAAGCAAGACUCUACGAGCACGGCCGAACACGGCUCUGCCACGAGCAGGAGCCAGCACUUGUUCAAGUUACCCAACACUGCUCACUGCAGGGGCUCCUCAGAGCUCCCUGCAUGGCCUGUCUGCUGCUUCCACCUGUCUUUCUGUUCCGAAUCACUGUUACCUGAGUUAAUCUCUACCGUGAUUGGUGUUCCUGUGCAAUAAAUGCUAAUAAAUCUUUGCUUCUCUGUGAUGCAACCAGAAAA